AUGCCGAGCGUGUUAUCACGAAGGCGGCCGGUUACAGGGGUCGUAACGGUUCUUCUCAUCUUGGGGGUAUUCUCAUUUCUUCGAAUAUCUGGCGGCGACGUCACUCCUAUUGCCAAACAGCCAGCAUCUCCCGGGUCUUCAACGGCCCUGCAAGAACAGUUGAAACCAUGGAACGAAGACGACCGAAUAGGCGACCUCUCCCACCCACGAGCGAUCCCCGAUACUGCCAUACACCCGGUCGAGUACCUCACCAAAAAUGCGCGGCAAGAAUUUGAUCAGGUCCUGGGGAAACAAUCAAAGACUUUGGAGGAGGCAGUCAAGGAGUAUCGCAGGCGAUAUGGACUUCCGCCACCUCCUCAUUUCGACAAGUGGUUCGAGUUUUCUCAAAAGAAUGACGUUCAGCUAAUUGACGAAUUCGACACGAUCCACGAUCUGAUCACACCGUUCUGGGGUAUGAAGCCAAAGACGAUCCGGAGUCGAGCAAGAGAGGCACUCGGACACCCUAAUGGUCUGAUUGGUAUUGCCAUUCGGAAGCACAAAGUUGCCUUUGUGGAAAAUCCCAACGGCGCGGAGUGGCAGCAGCUUGCGACGGUUGGCAUGCUCGAAAAGUUCAUUCAGUACUUACCGGAUAUGGAUCUUGCCUUCAAUAUACAUGACGAGUCACGAGUGGUGCUUCAGCACGAUGACCUUGCUCGGCUAGUUCGCAAAGCAAAGGAGGAGAACAUGCCGGCUUCCAACGCGAAUUCGCAGCCAAUUAACGCUUUUGCGGCAGUUGUCCCAGAUUUGGGCAAAGGCAUGCGGUUUGAUGAGGUUAAGCAGACUCGCUUUCGAUCGGCCGCCCACCAACCGACGUGGACGACUUCAAGGAUGUCCUGUCCACCCGACAGCGCUGCUCGGGCGCUAGAAGACGACGAGGUGGGAGAUAACGCUAGCAAAUACGCCCUAACGGAAGCCGGUUUUAUCUAUAACACGACUGCCAUGAUGGACAUCUGCUUAAGCCCAUCACUUAGCAAGUCCUUUGGGUUCUUUGAGCGGCCAAAUGGAUAUGUCGUGGCGCAUGAUUUAUUCCCAAUUUUUUCACAGUCCAAGAUUUCUUCCUACAGCGAUAUCAUCUACCCUUCGCCAUGGUAUUGGUAUGAGAAGGUGGUCUAUAAUGAAACUAGAGACUUUUCUUGGGCAGAGAAACAAGACCAACUGUACUGGCGAGGUUCCACUACAGGCGGGUUUAGCCGUGACGGUGGCUGGAGGCGCCAGCAUCGUCAACAUCUGGUUCAAAAGAUCAAUAACGAGCCGCACGCCAAAGUCGUCACCAAUAAGGGUGACUCUAGCCAGCCAAAAUGGGACGUGAGUGAUACCAAACGCGGCGACUACCAGAAACUCGUCAACGUGCGUUUUUCACAUGUGGGCCAAUGCGACCCUGUCGACUGCGAGGCACAGAUCAAAUUUUUUGAGGUCAAGGACAUGGUUGACAUGCAAGAUGCAUGGAACUACAAGUUUCUUCUCGAUAUGGACGGCAAUGCAUUCAGCGGGCGCUUUUACGCCUUCCUGCAGAGUCGUAGCCAGGUAUUCAAGCAGGCCUUGUUCCAGGAGUGGCAUAAGGAGUGGCUGAAGCCUUGGCUUCAUUAUGUACCCAUGAGCAUGCGGGGUGACGACUGGCUUGAGCUUGUGCGGUAUUACACCGGUUCUAGUGCCAAGGGUGAGGAUAUGGCGAAGAAGAGUGCGGAAUGGGCUGGCAAAGCCUUGAGAAAGGUAGAUUUGGAGGCGUGGUUCUUUCGGUUACUUCUCGAGUAA